AAGUAGUUCAAAACUACCAAGUUUUUGGUUCCCGUUGCUCAUUGCCUGCCUCCUUCGUCCUUCCCUUCCUCUUUUUCUCGGAAAACAACCCCAAACGAAAGCUUCGACGCGUGGUUUGACCUCUUUGAUCUUCCUCAUCGUUACUCGCAUGUCUCUUUCUCGGUCUCUCUCUCUGAGCUUCGUUUCGUGAUCUUUCUUAUUGCCCUCCUUUUGAUAGUAUUCUUCCUGCAGAACUCAACGAGAGUUUCCAAGAAAAAUCAUAACAAGAAUUCCUCAUGAAUCUAGACGUCCUAGUCGAUCUUUUGAGAGCAGCUCGUUAGAAUUCUGGGUGCUCUUUUUGCAUAUACGAUAUGGGUUCAGAGCCGAUCGCGAGUACUACUGCUAAUUACUACCUGCAAAGCUUCAGGCUUUAUGAGACCUUUUCGAAGUAUUAUAUUAUAGGAAGAGACAAGAAGCGAGCCUUUUGGAAAGUGUUGAAGAUUGACCGGUUGGAGUGUUCUGAGCUAGACAUUGAUGAAGAUUCUGCAACAUACUCAGAAAAUGAGUGCUCGGACCUAUUAAAACGGCUAGAUGAAGGAAAUAAGAUAACAGGUGGACUUAAAUUAGUCACGACUUGUUAUGGGAUCAUUGGGUUUGUCAAAUUUCUGGAACCUUAUUACAUGCUGCUUAUAACAAAAAGAAAGAAGAUUGGUGAAAUCAGUGGCCAUAAGAUAUAUGCCAUUACAAAGAGAGAGAUGAUUCCCAUUCCAAAUCCUACCGUCAGGACCUUGAUGGCUCAUUCUAAGAACGAGAACAGGUACAAGAAGCUUCUUUGCACAAUGGACCUUACAAAGGACUUCUUUUUCAGCUAUUCAUACCAUGUCAUGCGUAGUCUUCAGAAGAACCUGUAUGAUUAUAAGACAGGACAACACCUCUAUAAAAAAAUGUGUGUUUGGAACGAAUUCUUAACAAGUGAAAUCCGAAAUAGACUUGGCAAUACUCUCUGGACAGUUGCUUUAGUUCAUGGCUUCUUUAAACAGGUCAAACUUUCUGUACCUGGAAGGGACUUCAAGUUGACCCUCAUUGCCAGACGCUCACGUUGUUUUGCAGGCACUAGAUAUUUGAAACGUGGUGUAAAUGACAAAGGUAGAGUAGCUAAUGAUGUUGAGACAGAACAGAUCGUCUCUGAAGAUCCUGCUGAAGGGUGCCCAACGCAAAUGAGUUCUGUGGUGCAAUAUCGUGGUUCAGUCCCAUUGUUCUGGUCCCAGAAUGCUUUGGGAUUUCGUAAAUUUAGACCUGUGUUUUCUUUACGAGCGGAACAACAUAAUUAUGAAGCCAUGGGACUUCAUUUUAGAAAUCUUGUCAAGAGAUAUGGAAAGCCAAUAGUUAUAUUGAGUUUGCUUAAGACACGUGGAAAGAAGCGUGCUGAAAAAACUCUUGGGGCAACCUAUGCAAAAGCCAUCGCGUCCAUAAUUGAUAACUUACCAGAGAUGAAUCACCUAAGAUUUUGUCGAUGGGAUUUACAUACACACAUGUACUAUAGAAGACCUAUAUAUGAGUUGCAACAGUUAGGAGACUUGGCUGCUGAUACAUUGGACUCAACUGGCAUCUUCUACUGUCAAGUACCCCCAAAAUUAUGGCAGGAUGGAUUUUUAAAUUUAUCCUACUUUGAUAAAUAUAAUGGUCACAAUUCUUUAGAGGAUCUCUUUAAUAAAAAUGGGGAUGCUGGUAACUUGGAAGCAAAUUUUACUGAUGGUGGUGGAGGCUGUGAUGCAAAUGAAAACUAUGGCGUCAAAUGCAUGUCUCAAAAAGGGGUCCUGAGGAGCAACUGCAUGGACUGCUUAGAUCGCACAAAUGUUGUCCAAUAUGCGUAUGGACUAGCUGCCCUUGGACGUCAGCUGCAUGCUUUAGGAUUUAUAGAAUCCCCAUAUAUUGAUCUUGAAGAUCCUUUGGCAGAGAACUUAAUGACAGUUUAUGAGGCUAUGGGUGACACACUUGCACUACAAUAUGGUGGUUCCCCAGCACACAAUAAGAUAUUUGCUGAUAUUAGAGGUCAAUGGAGACCGGCAAUUGAUUACCAAGAUCUCAUUACAACCGUAAAACGAUAUUGCAGCAAUGCUUUCUUGGAUUUCGUGAGACAGGAUGCAAUGAAUCUGUUCUUGGGUUACUUUCGUCCACAACAGGGAAAGCAAGUUCUGUGGGAGUUGGAUUCCGACCAGCGUUACAAUGUUGGGAGGUCAUCUUUUAAGAGGUCCCUGUCAGAUAGUGAUAUUCGCUCUAUGAGUAACUCACCUAUGGUGAGCACAGAUGUAACGCUUAAUCCUCCUUUUUCUGGAAAAGUGCGAGGAAGCAGCAUGAAUCUUUUAGGUUUCCUGGCAGACAUCCAAAACCAGCCUUUGCAUGACCAAGCUCAAGGAGGUAGCACAAGUAUUUUAGCGUUCAUGCCAGAGAUCUCAACUGGCACCAGGCUGUCUCCAGGUUGCAUGCAAGAGGACCAAAGCCUGAAAAGUGACAAUAUUUAUGAUGAGGAAACUAGAGAUGCAUCUGCUCACUCAAGUUUAUUUGAUAUGGACUGGCAUUCUUCAGCUGGAAAUUCUUUUUAUGAAGCAAAUGAAAGGUGCUUUUCAUGUGAGACUAUAAUUCAUCGAAUGAAGGGAGUAUUGCGUGGUGGAUAUUCUGAAAGCUUUGUAAAGUGGGUCUUUCAUGGGGAGGCACUGUUCCUUAGAAGUUGACUGAAGAGGCACUCUUCCUUAGAAGACUGAAAAAGAUUAGUUACUUGACGGGUAUUUGUUGAAUUGAGAAUUAUUUGGCAUCUUCUCUGAUGUCUAUAAUUAAAACUUGCUUACAUAAGCACUAGUUUUUAAGAGAACAUUUUAUAAUAGAAUGAAAAUAUCACACGUCUAACUAAUUUGUUGUAGCCUGUAGGUUAUAGAUGAAUUGUGAAUAUCGCCAAUCAACUUAUGAUGAUGAGGAUCUGGAGAACAACAUUAUAGAUCCGAAGAAUCAAGAUUAUGAGAUUCCAUUCAUAAUCUCAAUCUUGGAGACUCUGUUGGAGGACCACCGUUAGCAUUCAGAGGAAUAUCUUUUAACACAAAAUGCAAAUACUUGGACAACAACAAUACAUCUUCUUUUUUACUCUUCACAGGCAUUAUUAACCGUCAUUGGCUUCUCAGAAAAUCUAAGUCAUCUAAAUUCUUUACUCCUUUGAAAGUUCAGAGGCAAAAUGUAGUGAAAAUAGGCAUGCAAUUCGAUUAGUAGCAUUCAGGAGAUUCAUAAAGCAUGUCUUGCAUUGCUUGGAAAUAUCAGAUUCUUGAACAGAUCAAAAUAAAGCAACUCUCUUAAAGGCACCAACUACAAAGUCAAAAAUCCCUGAAAUUAUACUAAGCCGUGCCCAUAAACAAGUUCAUAUCACAAAAGAAAUUGAUCAAACUUGGAAAGCUAACUCAAAAUUAUGGCAG